UUGGGGGGGGUCUGGGGGAGGAGUUGGGGUUCGGUCUUUAGCAUAUUAGGAAGCUGUAUUCACUUAUUUUACACAAUUCCCACAUGGUGGAAUUUCUGGGCAGUUCCCUACUAAUUGGUCACUGCUGACGAGGCUGAUUGGCAGAUAAUCACCAGGGACUUGCUGGAUCUUGGGUGACAAAUCAGGAUGCUCUUUUCUGGAGGUGGAGGCGGGGCACCUAUAAGACCAAGGCCCUGCGGGGAUGGCUGGUCACCCCCGGAUUGAAUCUAAUUCCUCAUUCUUCAGGUUUGUUGGGCAUUGUUUGGCCCAUGACCUGGUAAUUGCUAAUCACUCAUCCGUUAUUUCCGUAACGAGGGGCCCGUCAAUUAAUAGUGGAGUGGUAACAAAUAGGGGCUAAUUUCAGGACUGGUGAGUUCUCGGUCCAGCUCAGUGAGCAACGGAAAGACCCGAUUGGCCCCAGUGAUCUUGUUAAUGUAGGUCGGGCCAUUGUUACAUUUCAAUCAUAUUGACAGGAUCAGUGCUUAGUUACUUUAAUUAGAUUGAUUGGUUUACUUUAAUGAGCUCUGUUCUUUGGGGGACAAGAACUGUUGCUGUACGUCUGCUGCAGGUUAGGAGCCAGGACUCCUGGGUUCUAUCACUGGCCCUGGGAGAGGAGUGGGGGUCUAGUGGUUAGAGUAGCAGAGCUGGGAGCCAGGACUCCUGGGUUCUAGCCUUGCCUCUGGGAGAGAAGUGGGGUCUAGUGUGCCAAGCAUAGUCAGGCCCACCCCUCCAAUCAGUGACAUUCCUCCCUUUGUCUGUAACGCGAUGACCUUUGAAUGCUUCAUCCAACUGAGUCCAAAACGUCCGGAAAUAUGACAGGUGUUGGUGGAGAGAACCCCAUCUGUUGGAGUGAAACCCGGAGACACAACAAAUGCCCUCACACUGACAACCUGCUCGGCCAACAUCGGGUACAAAGUCUGAGACCCCAGAGCGAGCCAAUGGUUUUAGGGAAAGUGGUUUAUGACCGUUAGUAUUGCUAAAAAUUAGAAAACCAGCAAUGGCUCCUCUACUUAGAGCUCUAAAGGUAUGUAGGUUGAUAGUUUGUGUGCUCCGAUACCACUGGGUUGUACCUUACGUACAUUCACGGGCCUAGUUCCUCUGGCUGCGUUGCUCUUCCGCUCAUCCACAAUAAGGAUUGGUUGAUAAACCUCAAAGACUGUGGGAUGGAACCGAACUAAUGAGGAUUCGUAGAGGUGACAGCCAGUUGACACACUAGAUCAUCCAGUUUGGAUCACAAGCUGUUCAAUUUACCCAUUGUCCCUUUAUUUAGCCUUAAUAACAUGCAUUGGACUAAAGCGUAUUUUCCAGCUUGGAUCUGAAGAGCUCAAGAUAUGGAGAUGCCACUUCCCUUGGCUGUUUGGGCCAAUGGUUUUCUUCCAGAAUUGGGGCUGUCUUUCCAAUCGGAAUUUGGCUGCCUGCCGCAUUCAGCUGUUGGUUUGGAUUCUGCUUUUUUCCGCUAGAUUACAAAGCCCUUCGGCACUGGGUAUUGGUACAUAGACACCAUCGGAGAAGGUGGAAGAAUGGACAAUGUUCUUCUAAAAAAUUGGGUUCUCCAGUGCUCCGUCCUCUGGGCAUUGGCUGAGCUGAGGAAGCCCUUAUGUAGGAGUGAUAAGAUCUGAUUUUGAAUUUUAUAGUUCACUGUCUAUCCUGCCCAGGACCAACAAGCGACCAGCAGCAACCAAAGCAAAGCGUCAAACCACGUGGCGUCAACAGUGUCUGCAGACCAAGGAUGCGCUGCGUGCCAUUACCCAGGUGGUGGAAGCCAGCACCUGGUGUCACAGGGAGAGCGCCAGAGGCUAGUUCAUGCCAUGGAGAUGGCUCUCCAACAGUGGCUGCAGGGGGACCGUUGUUGCCAUGUCACUACCUGUGCCUUGGAGAUGCUGGUCAAAUGCGCCAGUCAGUUGGUAGCGCAGAGAGCGCGCCAGCAGCAAGCUCGCACCAUGGAGAUGCCUCUCCAAUGCCAGUGGCAGCUGCAGGGGGACCCCUGGCGCCAGGUUGUUGCCCACACAAUGGAAAUGAUGCUACAAAGCUAGCGGCAUCUCCUGGAAGAGCAAGAGCAUCAUGCCGUUGCCUGCAUCACGGAAACGAAGCUCCACCAUGAGCAACAUCUUCUGGAAGACGAAGCUGGCUGCGCCGUGGACACUUCGGCUGAAGGUGCUGAUGGAUUGUUGCUUAAAUGGCCCUUCCAUGGGAACUUGGCCCAUUAGUCACUUACGACGGCAAGCAGCCAGAUGUGAUCAGGAAGAGGUUACCAAUGCGGAUCCAUCUCAACUUGAUCGCACGGCUCUCGGGUGCAGCGAAGGCCAGGGGCAUUGGGAGCGAUUUCUAGGAGCGGUCGGAGCUGGGGGCUCUCGGAAGCAGCACACGCAGUAAGAAAUUUGCACUGAACUCAAGGGGCCAGCCGAGCUCAGGGCUCGUUAGCCUACUUCGAAGUGCCAGCAGCCAUGCCAGUUCUCGGUAGGGUGGUUACAGUCCCUGCUCCCUAGAGGCUCCCUGGCAGCGUCGGAGUGGGUCGGCCGCAGCGUUACAGAAAGAUGAAGAAGCAACCAGCGUGGGCCGGGAUAACGCCCAGCACCUGGCUUCCAUAAGCGAAGAAAUGCAUGACCCUCCAGUUUCCAAAUUACCGGUCAAAUAUUUUGUGGUAUUAGUGACUAAUUAGUAAUUAUUGGUCAAUUAUUUAAUUAGCAGGUCAAUAAUCAAGCAAUCCUUUCCAUGAGCUAAUUAUUUUUAUAACAGUUUGACUGUUUCUUUAAUUGUUAACCAGUCAGUUCAUCACUGAGCAAUCCUUUCUUGAAGCUAAUCACCAAGUAAUGCAAUCGGGGUUCGCUUAUUUCUUAGCCAGUAAUUACGCAUUAAAACAAAUUGCAUUAUUAGUAAUUAUUGUGUGUCUUGUCCUAGCAUCUCGGCAGCCUUGUCACAGACACACAAGCACGAUUGCUGCCCCAGAAAACUUAUUUUAAGGACCGAUCAGCUAUGUCCCUAGCUAACGACUGACUCGAAGACGUAAUUGGCCCUAAUUAGCUAAAGAAGGUAGGAGCUGGUCCUUGAGUCCCCUGAAAUAUGAUGGAAAUGAAUUCCUGGGUCUCAGGCUCCCCGGGGGGACGUAGGGCUGACAAUUUGGGGUUCAGACCCCCUUACGGCAGCUGUCCCCGUGGGCCGGCCGGCCCCGGAGCCCCAGGCCAAGGACCCCCCGGUGGCAGGGCCAGCCAUGCCCCCCAACAAGGAGUCACCAGGCCGCCCCGGCUCGCCAGCGGCCCUCAUCUGCCUGCCGCCCAUCUCGGAGGACCUGCAGCUGGUGUGGACCCAGGCGUCCCAGACCAGCGAGCUGGACGGCCACCAGCCGCUGCGCCAGGCCUUCAGCUACUUCCCCUACCCCAGCCUGGCCGACCUGGCGCUGCUUUGCCUGCGCCACGGCCUGCAAUUGGAGAAGGUCAAGGCCUGGUUCAUGGCCCAGCGGCUGCGCUGCGGCAUCAGCUGGAGCGCCGAGGAGAUCGAGGAGACGCGGGCGCGGCUGGCCUGCCGCCAGGACCGCCCGGCCUUCGGGGCCCUGCUGGCCCCCAGCAACCCCCUGACGCAAACUGGCAAGGCCCCGGGAGGCAGGGAGGCCCCUGCAGCCGCUCACCACAAAGCCAAGCCCCAGGAAUCCCCGGGGAGCUGUUCGGCUGCAGCCCGGGGGCCCCCAGAGCUGGGGAGAGCUUCCGCGGCCCCCCAACCCAAAGCCAAAGAAACGCUGACACCACCCCCCAGCCUUUUCCCCACGCCGCCCCCUCCGUGCCGGGCCUGGGCAGAUCCUCCGGCCAGCGCCAGCCACCUGGACACCGCCUGGGACCUCAGCAAGCCCUGCCGGCUGGGGGUGGCUGACGUCGCGCCGCCCUCCUCUGGAGCUGCCGCCAACGGGGCCGAGGCGUGGGCCCGGCCCGGCCACCCCCACGGCACCCUGGAGGCCCAGCGGCAGCGCAAGAGCCGGCGGAAGAGCAAGGAACAGCUAGCGGUGCUGAAGUCAUUCUUCCUGCGGUGCCAGUGGGCACGGCGGGAGGAUUACCAGUGGCUGGAGCGGAUCACCGGCCUGCCGCGGGCAGAGAUCAUCCAGUGGUUCGGGGACACCCGCUACGCCCUCAAGCACGGGCACCUGCGGUGGUUCUGGGAUAACACCGUGCCCCCCGCCGCUGCCCUGGAGCCCGGGCCCCGCACGGACACGGGCCCGCUGGAGCGGUACUGGGCCGCCCGGCAGCAGCUGCGCCAGGACGACCUGCCAGCCCUGUGCCGCGAGUCGGGCAUGGGGGCCCAGCAGGUGCUGAACUGGUUCUAUUCCCGCUCGCCCGAGCCGGCCGAGGUGGUGGUGUGCCUAGGCGAGGAGCCCGAGGACGAGGACGAGGAGGCCGGGCUCAUGGUGCAGGACGACGGGGAGGAGGAGGACGACGAGCCGGAGGAAGAGGACCUGGGCGCCCAGGAAUGAGGAGUUUCAGAGACUCCCGGGAGGGCGGAGGUUCAGGGGAACCGACCCGUGCACUGGGGCCCUGCUCUGUCUAGUUCCUCCCUCUGCUCUAGAACCCAGAUCUGGGUCUUGCAUCUAGUUCCCCCUCCCUCUCCAGUCCUGGGCCCCACGUUCCCCCCCGCCUCUCCCCAGCUCUAGAACCCGGGUCCCAGGUUCUUUUCCCUUUCUGUUCUGGAACUUGGUGUCAUGCGGUUCUCCUUCAUAGAUCACUGUUGUAAUUUGCUCUCCGUGCCUCAGGUUCCAGAUCUGGGUUCCUUCCCCCCUCGUCUUGGUACUCUAGAACAAAGUACUGGUUCCUCCCUGUUCUAGAAUCUAGAACCCCGUCCCCCCCGUGUUCUAGAAUCCCAAUCACACCCUGGUCCUCUUCCUCUUCUAGAACAGAGGGCCACCCCCAAGCUCUGCCACAGACCCUAGAACCUGGAGCUCUUGACCUAGAACCCAAGUGUCCGAUUCCCUCUACCAUGCUCUAGAACCCAGGUACCAUUUCACUCCUAGUCCCCAACUCUAGAAUCUAUGUUGUCCGGUUACUGGUUUGUGCUCUAGAACCCAGUACCUUCCGACCAGUUGUCUGGAUUCAGGUAUGCUUCCUUCUCCAGACUUCCCCCACCUCUUCCCCCUCCUUCAGGGGCCUCUGUUUCUAGAGUCUGCCCUGGUUCGUCCCUCCCCCCCUUCUAGAUCAUGUUACGGCCCUGUCCCCCAGAGACACUUGUGUGGAGGGAGCCGGGUGGGGGCGGGAGCUGGUCUGUCGGGGGCUUCCUGGGUUUGGUUUUACAAACUGGGCAGGAGCGAGGGCACAGAAAACGGGGCAGCGGAGAGCGGGCGCGGGACUGACUUUCCCUGGCGGCUGUCGGUCCUUCCUGGAGUUGUUAAUUUAUAACGCCCUGCCGACGGGAGUUAAAGCGAGGUUUGAAGUUGAACCCCACGCCUGUGGCCUGUGUCUGAUUGGCGGGGGGGGGGGGGUCUGGAUGGGGGGCACGGGGAGCAGGGCUUUGGUUCAUUCAUUCACUCACGUUCUCAGUUCUUGUUCCCUCGUUGGUAGCUGGCGCACGUCAGGGGGAGGGGUCCCUGACACUCAGUGGGGGUGGGUCUCCCGUCUCCCCUUCCUCUCUCCUCUGGAUUCCUGGUCACUCGUUUCCUCUUCUCCUCCCUCAUUUCCUCUUCCCCACGCCCUCCUUCUCCUUCCACGCCUGGCUCCUGCCAUCCCUGUUGCCCCCUUGCCCCACUCCCUGGCCUCACCCACUCCCACUAGGGCUCUGGGAGGUUGGGGUUCACCCCUCCAAAACCCAC